GGAGAGGAUAUAAAAUACAAUUUUGAUCAAGUUUUGCCUGGCGAUUCGAUGAAAUUAUGUCAAAUAAAGAGUAAUUCAAAAAUGGUUAAAAAAGCUGAACUUAAAAAGAAGGAGAAAGAAUUAAAAAAACGUAAAAGACAAAUUACUCACAAAAAUAAACAAAUUAAAAUUUUACAACAACGUGUAACUGAACUUGAGCGAGAUAAACAGUCAGAUCGGCAAUUAAUUGAGCGAAUGCAAAAUGCUAAUGAUCGAAUGCAAAAUGCUAAUGAUGGUUUAACUCAAAGAGUUGAAUUUCUAACGAAUAGACUUUUAGGAUACGAGCCGAAUAACCAACAGCAGCAGCAACCGAAUAAUAACAUUGGUGGUGGUAAUGAACAAAAUCUGCAGCUUCAGCCCAUUAUAAAUAACAACAACCUUGGACAGAAUAUUCCUGCUGGUGGUGCUUUUGGACAAGUAAAAAGACAUUUAAUAUCAUGGGAGCACUAA